CCGCGUGUAAAAUUAGAAGUCACAGCCUUCUGCAAGAUCCGUGUGUGUUGCGGAAAAAUCCCUUUUUGGGCGUCCGACCACAUGUGAGAAUUGUGAACAAAAUAUGGUUCUUCAGUGAUUUUCUGUUUUAAGAAGCCAGUUUUGAAGUGAAUUACAUACGGAAUCGAUAAAUAGAGUGUUUACGGAACGUCCAGUGUGCCUGAAAAGUUGGAAUUGGGCGGCGGAAGUGGAUUUUUUCGAUGUAAAUACAGUCCAGACCAGGGUCAGUCCGGUGUGCCCUGAGUUGUGUGCGCAUAUUUUCCGUUCGUCAGUGGUUACGUAUUAUUCCUCAGUCGCAAAGUCGCUCCCCGUUCGUUCGACCUUCGCUCGACUGGGUCGCGUCGCGAGUGUGGUGCAAUUCGUUCUAGAUUGUUGGGUUAGGACGGCACCAUGCCGUGUUGAGGAGCAUGGCAGCGCGCUCGUGAUCGUCGGCCGGCGCGGAGCGCGCGCCCCGCUUAUAUAACGAGGAGGCGACGGCAUGGCCGCUCGCGUGUCGUCCGAGGGUGCUGGACCCUCGUACGCAUCAGUGCUGAACUUUAGAGGAGGUGAUAGCAAUAAGGAAAACAUAGAGAACAUAGAGAGUGCCGAGGAGGUCGCUGAUGCGGCCCCUCGGCACGAUGAAGAAGAGGAGGAGGGCUUCGUGCCGGUGAUCUCCCACGGGAGAAGGCCCGCCAAGGGGCGGCGGGAGCGUGAGCGAAGAGCGCCCCCGCGGCCACACAAGACGCCGCAGCCGCACACUGAGCCCCAACCGACAGCAGAGCAGCAGGCAGCGGCUGCAGAAGCACAACCCAAGAAGUUUGUGGAAGCACCAAUUCCGAAGGUCAAUCCUUGGCAGGUGCGAGGUGGCAGCACGGGUGCUCCGCCCCCGGCCGCGCCCGUAGUGGUCGAACAAGAGAAGCGGUCGCCGUUGCAGCCCCAGCAACAGGGCAGGGCGCAGCCCCCGCCCCAGCCAGAACCUGCGCCCGCGCCGCCAGUGCCUAAGCCAGCCAUCGUGAAGGCGCCCAAGACUAGCAAGGUCAAUCAGAAGGCGUCAGAUUUCACCGACAUCGGCGACUGGCCGACACUCGGCGCGGCGGUCGCCGGCGCGCGGUGUCACUCCACGCCGCCGCCGCAAGAUGCAGACUCCUCGCAUCACAACGGGAACGCGGACCAGGAGCGGAAGCCCCCCGAGGAGCCAGUCCACCAGACGAAAGUGGAGAGGGUGGAGUCGACGCAGUACCACGCCGCCGCACACAACGACAAACACAACGAGAAGAACUAUGACAAAGCUAAAGCCUCAGGUGCAGGCAAAGGCGGCAACAAGUCGGGCAAGCACAAGUGGGUGCCCCUGGACAUCGACGUGAAGGCCGCCCGGCCGGGGAAACACGGCAUGUCGAACUCCAGGCUCGACAAUGACACGGUGUCACUGAACGGCGAGGAGGGGCGCGGGCGCGGCGGGGCGCGCGGGCGGGGCGCGGCGCGCGGGCGGGGGGCCCGGCGCGCGCGCCCCGCCUCCGCGCUGCCCGCGCCGCCCCACCACCUGCACUACCACCCGCACGAGUUCCCCCACCAUGCGGAUUUGGCGCAGCUGCGAGUCGCUCAGGCCGGUGUGGCGCAGGGGCUGGUGCUGCAGUACUCGGGGCUGCCGCUCGGGGCUCCGCUGGGGGCUCCGCUGGCGCAGGCCUUCUACUACGGCGCGGCCGCCGCCACCGCCGCGCCCUACGGCAUCGGCCUCGACCAGGCCACGCUGAAGGACUUGAUCAAGAAGCAGAUUGAGUAUUACUUCAGCGCGGACAACCUCGCCCGCGAUUUCUUCCUCCGCCGCAAGAUGGCCGCCGACGGAACCAUUCCGGUCACCCUCAUAGCGUCCUUCCAUAGGGUGCGGGCUCUGACGCAAGACGUGCAAUUGGUGCUCAGCGCGAUACGAGAUUCGGAUAAACUUCAGUUGAUUGAUGGGUUCAAGGUGCGGACAGCGUUCGAGCCGACAAAAUGGCCGAUCCUCGACAUAACGAACAACACGGAGGGCCAUGAAGAGAGGAAGCAACAACAAUUGUUACAACAACAGCAUUAUUAUCAGCAACAACAUCAACAACAACAACAACUGGAGGAGAAGGCGAAACCUGCCGAGGAAAAGCCUAAGGCACCAGAAGAAAAGCCUAAAGAGCCGGAACCACAACCACAGAACCCACAACCGGAGAACCCGCCAGAGACGCGAGUCGAAGCGAAGCAGGACGAAGCGCCCAGUAUAGAAGCGAAGCAGGAGAGCAAGGUGGUUGAGGAAGUCUCUGUUAAUGCGAACGAACAGAAACCCUCACCAGCCGAAGAUAACGCUCCGCCGGCUGAAGAGAGCGAGCAGACAGACAAACAUGAGGCAGAGGCGAAGAAGGAUUCCAACGAAGAUCCACCUCUGCAGCAUGAGGCGGAAGAGAAGCCGGGGGAGAAAAGACGUAAAAAGCAAAUGGUGGGUAUAUUCCCGCUCGCGACGAUGGGCGGGCCGCUAGUCGCUCCCGUCUCCCAUUUACUGAGGGCCGUGCCGCCUCCUCCGUUACCCAGGAUGUUCCGCACGAACCGAGCGGGCGUGCCGCCCCCCGACCCGCUGAACCCAGACGUGCCCGAGUUCGUGCCGCGCCGCGCUGACCACGCUGACCACGCUCAUUCUGACCGCGCUGACCUCGUCACCACCAACAAACAUGAUGAUUGGACUGAGGUGAAACGGCGAACAAAAGCUGGUUCCCGCGAGCGCGCCCCCCCACAGGAGGAGGAGCGCGCGUCCGAGCCCCGCGAGGAGCUGCACUUCCAGCUGGACGAGGAGCUGGAGCUGCCGCCGCCCAGGGUCAACACCUUCACCGACACGUGGUCUGAUGAGGAAUCCGACUUGGAGUUCACCGACCGCGACGUGGGCCGCCUGCUCAUCGUGACGCAGACGCCGGCGAGGCAGCACAAGCACGACCACGACAGGCAGGGCGACUGGACCACCAGGACGAAGAUCACGCAGGACCUGGAGCAGGUCAUCACAGAUGGACUAAGACGCUACGAGGAGGAUUUGUGGAAUGAUUCCGAGUACACAUCGUCGUACGGCAGCCAGAACCAAUACCGCACCGUGUCGCUGAUAUCGCGCGAGCAGUUCGAGGCGACGGUGCCCAGCGAGCGCCACGCGAACCCCGCCGAGCCGCCGCCGCCGCCGCCGCGCCCCAAGCGGGCGGAGCCGGAGCACGGCGGGGGGAGGGCCGCGCGCCGCCGCACCGCUCGCUUCUACGCGGCCAACAAGGACCCACACGCCACUGACGUUAUCACGAGCAGGAAGAACAAGACGCGCCACAGCCUGAACCCGCCGGUGGAGCACCACGUGGGCUGGAUCAUGGACAUCCGCGAGCACCGCCCGCGCACUCACAGCACCGGGUCAUCGAUAGGCACAUCGCCCACGCUGGGUUCGUCGUGCGGCUCCGUGCCCCAGUCGCUGCCCACGUUCCACCACCCCAGCCAUGGGCUACUCCGGGAGAACCACUUCACACAACAGGCGUACCACAAAUAUCACUCUAGAUGCCUCAAAGAACGCAAGAAGCUCGGCAUCGGGCAAUCGCAAGAAAUGAACACCCUGUUCAGGUUCUGGUCGUUCUUCCUCAGGGACCACUUCAACCGCACCAUGUAUAAUGAGUUCAGAACGCUAGCGAACGAAGACGCAGCAGCCGGUUUCCGAUACGGCUUAGAGUGCCUGUUCAGAUUCUACUCGUACGGGCUCGAGAGGAAGUUCAGACCAGAGCUAUAUCAGCACUUCCAGCAGGAGACUAUCGCUGACUUCGAGAAUGGUCAGCUCUACGGUCUGGAGAAGUUCUGGGCUUUCCUGAAGUACUACAAGAACGCAGCCGCCCUGAAGGUGGACCCCAAGCUCCAGGAGUACUUGGCCAACUUCAAGAGCAUUGAGGACUUCAGGGUCCUGGAGCCGCAGCUGAACGAGCUGCUGGCGAGCCAGGGCGCGGCGGCCCCGGGGCGCGGCCCGCACGCGCGCGCCUACGACCGCCACCGCUCGCUGUCCGAGAGCGAGCGCGCGCACGCACGCUUCACGCUCAGGAGCGGCGGCAACACUAGCGCGCAACCAGCCGGCGCUAAGGAGCAGCGCGGGCGCGCCGGCUCGUGCGGCGCACAGAGCGUGGUCGCCACCGCGCGCCCCGCACCCAAGCCGAAAACGAAGCCGGACUGCGAACCUAAACCACUAGCGGCUAAACAGUGAAUUUCACAGCGGACAAUACUUAAACGUAGUAGUUUAUCGAUGCAUUUUUAUAAAUUAAAAAGUAAUAAAAAAAAAAACUAUAUAAAAAUAUAAUAAAAUAAAAUUAGUGAAGUGGACGACCACGGUGGCCGAUGUA